AUGGCAUGGCUUGGCUUGGCGGUCCGCGGCUCGGCGUUCCGGGGGGGGGGCGGGGGGGGCGUGGUGUGGCGGCCGGUGGGGGCGGCCUUGCAGCGGUUGGCGGCGGCGGGCCGCUCGCGCCAGGUGCGGAUGGCCUCGGCCGCCCCCCUGCUGUUCCGCAUCGGGUAUAAUCUGUAUGCCCACACCCGGCUGGGCUAUCUGUUCUACAAGCGUCAAAUGAAGAAAGCACGGGAGCGUUUUCCUCAAGGCCACUCUGUCAGCCAGCCACUGGUGUUCAGUGGAGUGAAGAUCCUGCCAAUCCCUGUCUUGUCCAAUAACUACAGCUAUCUUGUUAUUGACACUGGCUCGAACUGUGCUGUGGCUGUGGAUCCUUCUGACCCUUUGGCUGUGCAGUCAGCUGUUGAAGAAGAGGGGGUGACGCUGGAGGCCAUCCUGUGCACUCACAAGCACUGGGAUCACAGUGGUGGGAACGCAGCACUGCGGCGGCGGCACAGUUCCUGUAGGGUGUAUGGCAGCAGCUGCGACGACAUCCCCGAACUGACAGAUCCCCUCUCAGACAAGGACACAGUAAUGAUAGGACGGUUGAACUUCAAAGCCCUCUUCACUCCAGGACACACGGUGGGGCACAUGGUCUAUGUGCUGGAUGGGAAACCUUUUGAAGGGCCAGCCUCUCUCUUUUCGGGAGACCUCCUCUUCCUCUGUGGCUGUGGCCGUAUAUUUGAAGGGACCCCAGAAACAAUGCUGGCUUCUCUAGAUGCAGCAGCUGACCUUGCGGAAGAUACACUUCUGUGGCCAGGACACGAGUAUGCCUUAGAGUGUCUAAUGUUUGCCAGUCUUCUGGAGGCAGAGAACCCUUUUCUGGAGCAGAAACUACACUGGGUGAAUCAACAGCGGGUUGAGAAGAAAAGCACGUGUCCUUCCACCAUUAGUGAGGAGAAACAAUACAAUCCCUUUUUGCGGACUCACUGUCGAGAGGUACAGGAAGCCAUGGGCAUUCAGCGCCAAAGGGAUGAGGACUGGGACACCUUCCGGGCCCGGGUGCUGAAGGAAGUGCGACGGCGAAAGGAUGCCUUCAAGGCAAACUAGCAAGUGGCGUUGGC